AUGGCGCCGAAGAUGCCCCCUUUCUAUUUACUUGCUGUCAUUAUUCUGGCAUCUGGCGGUAUCCCCAAAGGUUACGACGAGGGAGGAUUUAGUGCAAGCGUAACCUUGCCAGCUUUCAAGGCUGACUAUGGUCUGAACAAAAACCUUUGGGUCGGCAAUGCAACAGGACUCGCCAAUCGCACCGCCAACAUCAGUUCCUUUGGUGUGCUCGGAGCCGCCUUCGGAGCCAUAAUUGCCUACUUACUGAACGACAAGGUGGGAAGGCUAUGGUCCUACAGGAUCGCUACUAUGGUGUGGGCCAGCGGCAUCCUCAUGCAAGUCUUUUCAUCUGGCGUCUUCGGCUUCCUCCUGUUCGCCAGGAUUUGGGGAGGCCUCGGCGCAGGCGGCCUCACGGUCAUCUCUCCACUCUUUCUGUCCGAGAUCGCACCAACAAAGUCCAGAGGCAUGGUGACUAGCAUGUAUAUGGUAGUACUGCUCUCAUUCCUGUCUCUGGGCUUCUUCAUCAACUACGGUGUCAGUAGGCAUAUGGCUCAAGCCAGAGCUCAAUGGCAGAUUGUCCAGAUGGUUCCACUGAUCCCCAUGGGCAUCUGCUUCUUCGCCUCUUUCCUGAUUCCGGAAAGUCCUCGAUGGCUUGCCUCGCGAGGCCGCCGACAGGACUGCAUUGCCUCGCUUGCUCGUCUUCGAGGGAUCUCUCCCGACGAUCAAGCGCUCAGGGGUGAAUACGAAAGAACUGAGUUGGAGGCCAAUGCACUUAUCGAGACAUCUAAGACCUCCAUGCCUCAAAUAGCGAAAGAGUGCUUCACGGAUCCUAAUCUGCGAAGCCGAUACUUCCUUGCCGUUGCUUUGCAUACCAUCGCUCAGUGGACAGGUGGUAAUGGUAUUACCUACUAUAUUUCGGACAUCUUCCAGUAUGCUGGUGUUAAGGGCUCCGAAACUUCGCUCAUCACAUCCGGAGCCUACGGUCUGGUCAAACUGUUUGUCACCAUGAUAUUCGCCUGGGGUCUCAUUGAUAGGCUCGGUCGCAGACGCUGCAUGCUAGCCGGUCUGGCUCUCCAAGGCAUCACUCAUAUCUACAUGGCCAUCUACUUUGGUGCGAUUGGGCAAGGGAAUCAACACGCAUCUGAUGCUGCAAUCGCAUCGGUCUUCAUUUACGCGACAGGAUGGUCUAUUGGGCUGUGCACGAUCCCAUACAUCUACGGAACAGAGAUCUUCCCGACCAAGGUCCGCAGUUUCGCGUACGCAACCACCAUGGCACUGCACUGGCUCUACCAAUUCGCUGUUGUGCGAGUGACACCAGUCAUGCUGGCUGCGCUCGACAAGUGGGGCGCAUAUAUAUUUUGGGCCAUGAUCUGUGCAAUUGGAAUCGUUGUGCUAGGAUUAUGGGCACCUGAAACGAAGAGUGUGCCUCUUGAGCGUAUGCACGAGCUCUUCGACCACUCCUGGUACAAGUGCUGGAAGUCGAAACUGGACCCGCGCAUGGAUUAUGGGGAGUCCUACGAGGGAAAGGCUGAUGUCAAAUAUACAGUCGAGCAACGAGAGGGUGAUUCUCGUGCGUAG